GGGGAAAGGCACCUUUGUCACUUUGCUCUCAGACACAAUCACACUCUCACUGGACACACAAACACUUUGGACACACACAUUUCGCAGAAACAUACUGAUUAUCCUGAGAAACGAGGUACUGGUCUGUACUGGAUUCUCCCGUGGUGGGCCUUCUGGACUGAAACCGAGGAGAAAGAGAGAACCGAAACACGCUGAGCAUCACCAGUCCAGCUCAAGAGCCGGAAGGACUCUCAACACUUUCGGAAAAUUAUCAUUAACUAAGCUCUUCAGAAGCUGACCGCUGCCCAGCCAUGAGGAUCUUCAACCUGCUCUACCUGCUCCUGCUGCUUGUAGCUGUUGUAGCACCAAUCUCCUCUACCAGACCAGAUUUCCUGAACCUGAAGAGAAAAUACCACAGGCAUCACUGCCCACACAGACGCUGCCUGCCUCUCCACUCCAGAGUACCCUUCCCCUAAGGUUAAGGCCCAAGAAUGAGGGUGACCUUAGGAGAGAAAUAUGAAUAUGAAGCAACUGCAGUGUGUGGCCCAAACACCGUGGAUGGGUCCCAGUACCAAGACAUAGAUUGUGAAGUGGGGAAAACAACUAUGGGACACCAUGAAAAUGUCAUCCAAAGGCUGUAGCUGCAAAAGAGCUACAAGAACCUGUUCAAAAUCAAGCUCAACUAUAGCUUGAGCAUGAUUGACUCUUCAUUCCCGACAAAAUAUUAAUUAAUGAAAUGUUUUGGCAUCCUGGUGGCCACAGAUCUGGGUUUGUCCAGUUGCAAGCGCCUUCCCCUCUUCGUCCUCAAGAGCCAAUACUUGUGUACUGAAUAAGAAGGUGGGGAAAGGAUCAACAACAACAUCAACAUCAACAGCUGUUGUCAAGUAUGUUCGACACUCGACUCAAAAGCUACGGACCAAAGAGCUGGAAACAUCUUAGUGACUGCAGCUACGAUGAACAGCAUCCACAUAGUAUUCCUAUAAAGUGUUUAUAAUGCAUGUAUGCACUUCAAAUGUUUAUUGAAUUACAUUUAAAACUUUUUAAUAAAAACAUAUAUCAAUGUAG